AUGUCUGCUCCUCAGUUGGGGGAAGAGAAAAAAGAGGAGGAAGAAGGAAAGGAAGAUGUGCAUGAAGACUUUGACCCAGCCCUGGAGGAAGAGAAUGAAAAUGAUCUCUGGGAUCCAGCUGUCCUCAGUGCAGUCCAUCAUACCCAGAGAGGUCUUGUCAGUUCUCGUGGAGUGAAGGUCCCUCGGAUUCUGGGGAUGUCAGCCACCUCCUUGCACUUCCUUUGGCAGGCCCCAGACUACAUGCCGUCAGUUCCUUUCUGGCCCACUUUCCCCAGAGUCAACUCGCAAAUGCAGCACUGUGGACCUCAAUUGUCCUUGCCAAACCAGACUCUCUUAUGCAGCUCUCCGACCUCACGGUCCCCUAGAUUCAGUAUUCCUGGUCAUCUGACCCAGUUCCACCCUCAACAUCAACGGAUCUUGCAGAAGCAACAUCACAAUCAGAUCUUGCAGAAGCAGCAUCAUAGUCCAACAACAAGUCCCUUAGCCAAGAAGCGUUGGUCUCAGCAACCAGACCCUUAUGCUAACCUCAUGACCUGGAAGGAGAAGGACUGGGUGAUUAAAGUGCAGAUGGUUCAGCUGCAGAGUGAGAACUCCCACCUGGAUGACUAUUACUACCAGGAAUAUUAUAAGAAACUGGAAGAGAAGCAAGUAGAUGAAGAACUACUUGGUCAAAGGAGCAAGGUUGAAUUUCACAAGCUGGACACACCCUACAUUCAGAAGUCAAAGACUUAUGAGUCAGUGCUUCGAAUAGAAGGUUCCCUUGGCCAGGUAGCUGUAUCAACAUGUUUUAGCCCUCGCCGGGCUAUAGAUGCUGUACCUCAUGGAAUUCAGGAGCAGGAAACAGGAGCUACCAGCUACCAUAAGCUGCGAGUAUUACACCACAUUGAGAAGAUGUUCCUUCAGUUACUAGAGAUAGAGGAAGGACAAAAGGAUAGACCUCCACAGCCCUGCUCUCAGCAGCAGAGAAACAAGGUUGAGAAGCUCUUUCAGGCCUUGAAGUCCCAGGAGCAGAAUGAUACUGAGAAAGCUACUGAUGGAUUCCUGCAGGUGCUCUCUGUGAGGAAGGGAAAGGUCUUAGUGGCUCGGCUGCUCCCUUUUCUACCCCAAGAUCAAGCUGUUAACCUCCUUCUGGUUAUCAUUAAUAAUCUGCCACUCCUGAUCAGGAGAGACAUGGCUGAUCAGGCCCUGCAAAUAUUGUUCAAACCUCUGAGUAAAUGCAUAAGUCAACUGACCUUCUAUGAACUUCUCCAAGGACUUCAGGGACUAAUGCUGCUACCACCUUGCUCCUCAGAGCAACCAGUCAAUGUGGUGCUUCAGAAUCAGUUUGGAAUAUCCUUGCUCUAUGCCCUGCUGAGUCAUGGGGAACAGCUGAUAUCCCUGAGUUCUACCCUCCAACCCAACAGUGACCAUACAACUUGGACAGAUAUGGUGGUUCUGAUUGCCUGGGAGAUAGCCCAGAUGCCUACAGCCUUGCUGGCAGAACCCCUAGCCUUCCCAAACAACCUUCUUUCCAUGUUCUGCCGUCAUGUGGACAGACAACUGGUACAGUAA